AGAAUUCCUCUGUGUCGCACCAGAACGGCUGAAUCGUUCCGAGACUGCGGAGGUCGGGCGCGGCGGCGUCAAGAUGGCGGCGGCGGCGGUGGCGGCGGCAGCGGCGGCGGCAGCGGCCGCAUCUCUUCAGGUGCUGGAGAUGGAGAGCAUGGAGACGGCCGCCGCCGGAUCGGCAGGGCUGGCCGCCGAAGUCCGAGGCAGCGGCACGGUGGACUUCGGGUCUGGGCCCGGCGUAUCUGCAAUGGAAGCGAGCGGGGGCGAUCCGGGCCCGGAGGCCGAGGAUUUCGAGUGCAGCUCUCACUGCUCGGAGCUGUCGUGGAGGCAGAACGAGCAGCGGCGCCAAGGCCUCUUCUGCGACAUUACCUUGUGCUUCGGCGGCGCGGGCGGCCGAGAAUUCCGGGCCCACCGCUCGGUGCUGGCCGCCGCCACCGAAUACUUCACGCCCCUGCUCUCGGGCCAGUUCUCGGAGUCCCGCUCGGGCAGGGUGGAGAUGCGCAAGUGGAGCUCGGAGCCCGGGCCCGAGCCCGACACGGUGGAAGCCGUUAUCGAAUACAUGUACACCGGGCGCAUCCGCGUCAGCACGGGCAGCGUGCACGAGGUGCUGGAGUUGGCCGACAGGUUCCUGUUAAUUCGUUUAAAAGAAUUCUGUGGCGAAUUUCUCAAGAAGAAACUUCAUCUCUCUAAUUGUGUGGCCAUUCAUAGCUUAGCUCACAUGUAUACUCUGAGCCAACUUGCUCUGAAAGCUGCCGAUAUGAUACGGAGAAAUUUCCACAAAGUAAUUCAGGAUGAAGAAUUUUAUACUCUACCUUUCCAUCUCAUUCGAGACUGGCUGUCGGACUUGGAAAUCACGGUUGAUUCUGAAGAGGUUCUCUUUGAAACAGUGUUGAAGUGGGUUCAGAGAAACGCUGAAGAGAGAGAGAGAUACUUUGAAGAACUUUUUAAAUUGCUCAGAUUGUCCCAGAUGAAACCUACUUACCUUACUCGGCAUGUCAAACCAGAGAGGCUGGUGGCCAAUAAUGAAGUUUGCGUCAAGUUAGUGGCCGAUGCAGUGGAGAGGCAUGCUCUGAGAGCUGAAAACAUACAGUCUGGCACCUUCCAGCAUCCUGCCUCUCAUGUCUCAUUAUUACCUCGCUAUGGGCAAAACAUGGACGUGAUCAUGGUUAUUGGAGGCGUGUCAGAAGGAGGGGAUUAUUUAAGUGAAUGUGUGGGGUAUUUUGUUGAUGAGGACAGAUGGGUAAACCUGCCCCAUAUUCAUAAUCACCUUGAUGGACAUGCCGUUGCAGUAACAGAAUCCUACGUGUAUGUUGCUGGAUCGAUGGAACCAGGGUUUGCUAAAACUGUGGAAAGAUACAACCCAAAUUUGAAUACGUGGGAACAUGUUUGUAGUCUGAUGACAAGAAAGCAUUCUUUUGGGUUAACAGAAGUCAAAGGGAAGCUCUACAGCAUUGGAGGGCAUGGCAACUUCAGCCCUGGCUUCAAAGACGUGACUGUUUAUAAUCCUGAGCUUGAUAAAUGGCACAACUUGGAAUCAGCACCAAAGAUCCUCCGGGAUGUCAAAGCACUAGCCAUCGAAGACCGGUUUGUGUACAUCGCUGCCCGCACUCCCGUGGACCGGGACACCGAAGAUGGGUUAAAGGCUGUAAUUACCUGCUAUGAUACGGAGACUCGACAGUGGCAAGAUGUGGAAUCUUUGCCGCUUAUUGACAAUUACUGUUUUUUCCAAAUGUCUGUGGUCAAUUCAAACUUUUACCAGACGGCAUCAUGCUGUCCCAAGAGUUAUUCUUUAGAAAAUGAAGAGGCAGUAAGAAAAAUUGCCAGCCAAGUGUCCGAUGAGAUCCUUGAGAGCUUACCUCCUGAAGUCCUAAGCAUCGAAGGAGCGGCUAUCUGCUAUUACAGAGAUGACGUUUUCAUUAUUGGAGGCUGGAAAAACAGCGAUGAUAUCGACAAACAGUACCGGAAAGAAGCCUACCGAUAUUGUGCUGAAAGAAAGCGGUGGAUGCUUCUUCCUCCCAUGCCACAGCCUCGUUGUAGAGCCACCGCUUGCCACGUGAGGAUCCCGUACCGGUACUUGCAUGGCACACAGAGAUAUCCUAUGCCUCAAAACUUAAUGUGGCAGAAGGACCGCAUCAGACAGAUGCAAGAAAUACAUCGGCACGCCCUGAACAUGCGAAGAGUGCCAAGCUCUCAGAUUGAAUGCUAGGUGCUCUAAUAGGUGCAGCUUAAAACAGUUGUAUCUGUCUUGUGAGGCUGAAGAUCCCCAGACUGUUACUUGAAAACGUAUGUCGAUAACUUAUUUUCUACCUACCUGAUUAUUGCCCCAUAUAAAGGAAACACAGUUAAAAACUGAAGAAUGGGAAACACGAUUUAAUAUGUGGUAAUUUUUGUUGGUGUGCAGUCUUUGUCUGUCUUCGGUUUGUGUGGAUAUGCUAGCCAAGUUAGAUCUUAUUAAUGACAAGUGGAAGAACUAGGUAUAGUUACUUGGCUGUUUUUCUGCCAACAAGUGAAAACUCCUUUGUCUUAGGGACUUGAUGUUUUGAACAUGCUUUAAGCAACAGUUUUAUUUGCACGUUUACUUUGAUACUCCUUUUAAUUUUUUCCUGAAUGGUUGGUGGUUUUGAAAAGAGCAGAACUUACACAUUGAGCCUGAGCCCUCAUCUGCAGGAGGUAUGUGCAAUAGUGAGACUGAGAUUUGAAGGGAAAAGCACAAUGUUUCGGCAGGAUGGUUUCUGAAUAUUUGCAUUGAUGUUUUGUUGUAUGUGUUUAUCUAGAAAUGCUGUUUUGUUUAUUUUUAGAAGAGAUGACUAGUGAGAAAUUUGUGAUUGGCCCCAUUAUUUCUUGAAUAUUUUCCAUUUCUUCAGCAACCAUUCUAGACUGGGAGCCAUCACUCUGAGAUGAUGGUAGUUGGCAAGAGUGUUGAUCUUUAGCUCAUUGAUUUAAUACAGAGGACAUUAUGUAUAUGAAAUUUGUUUUUCUAAGAAGAAAAGUAGUAGUAUUAGGUAGACUGAGCAAAGGCAUUAAAACAUGUAAACACUUUUUUCAGAAGUUGCAGGCGUAUUUGAGGAUAAGUUAAUGAGUGUAAAUAGUGCCUAUGACAAUCGAUACAACAAUGCCUUCAGUUUUAAAUUGUCCUCUAAAGUAUAUUGUAUAGAGUCCUCCUCAUUCUUUCUAAAAGAAACUUUUCUCAAAAUGGGAAGGAAGUGACAAUUGAGAGAAAUGUUGCGUAAGAGAAGCCUUACUGUUUCUCAGCCCUGACUGUUCUGGUAGUUUAUCCAGUUUCCCUAGACUUUUAUUCAGACUUUACCUGAGCCUUGAAUACCAAAUUUAGGUGCAUAAUUAAGGCUCUUAAAAAUUUAUUGCUUUAGUUAUCUUUUAUUUAUUCCUAUGCAUUCUUCUGAUUCUCUAACACACUCCCAAGUUUUAUACAAAUGAGAACUCAGUUAACAUAAAGGACUCCUGCUCUAAUGGUUUGCAAAAUGGCUCCAUUGUAUAUGUUUCUUAUUUCUUUCAGAAUAUCAUCUUCUUAGACAUUCCAGGAUACUGUUUUAGGAGUUGAACUGCAAGUGCAGUGAUUAUUUUUUUCCCUAGACCAUUAUACUUAACCUUACUGUAUCAAACAUCAAAAGGAAAAAAGCACAACCAGAAAUUUUGGCUCUCAAUUUGCUGCAAGACUAUUAAUAUCUAGUCCCUGGACUCUAUACUAAGAGCUUUCCUGAAAUGUUUAAGUUGGUAUCCUUGCCUAGGACAAAGUUUUUCAAUAAAUGUGUCGGAAAUCUGCUUUAAAACCAUUUAAUUUAGAUUGGAGUGGGGGUCGUAAACUUCAAGUCCUAUUUCUGUAUGAGGAUAUAUUAUCCUACACCACCUCUACCAUUUUAUCAAUUUCCAUUUGUAGUUAUUUUAAUAAAAGCCAUUUCAAUUCUGAGAAGUGCUCAUUCUUAGUUGUGAGAGGUCUAUGCACCUGAGGCAGAAAAGCUCGUUGAGUGAUGUUCUCGUCUCUGAUAGACUAUGCUGCCUAGCAAACUUCCUCUUCUUAGUGGUGAAGUAACUCAGCAGCUCACUAAAAUGGCAGUUUCUGUCCAGGAGGUGUGAUGUAAGGUUUUUGGAUCUUAUCUCUGAGUUGUCUUCUGAGACUGCCACUACCAAGUUUUUGGAGGGUGGCCUUUUUUCACAUGAUGCGACAAAUUAUAACUCAUAAGAUUUAGGUAUAAUCUGGUUCUGAAAACUUGAUUGAAACUGUUGUUUUUUAACUCAGCAGGCAGCGUAGGCCAUGGCUGAAAAGAAGGGGUAAGUCCUUCCUUGCAUGAUGAUGUGUGCAGGUUUUCCUGAUUACUGAAUUUCUAAUUUUCAUAUUUGAAUUCACACGUGUGACUUCACAUCAAUAACUUGUGUCUCUGAAAUAUCCUAACUAACUUGUUAAUAGGAAAGGAAACCAGAUUUGCUUAAAUCUGUUCAAGGCUGACAUUCUGAAAUUCUAAACUGGAAAUAACUUCCAGAGUAUUUGGAAAGGUUUUGAUAAUGACAACCAGCCUAAAGUGGCUCUUUCGGAAAGAAAUUUCCUUUCUGAUGAAAAAUUUAAAGAAUGUGUUUGGUCAUUUAAACUUCUAAAAAGACAGCUUCACAUGUAUUCAAGUGAACCUUUUGUUGUUGUUGCUUUUGUUUUUGUUUUGUGGAAGGAUAAAAGAGGACCAAAAAGUAAUACCUUUACCUAACCCCUAGCAUGACUUGUAUCUUGGAAUGGAGGUCCUCCACCUCCACCUACCCCACCGUGGUUUUUAAAAAAACAAACCCGUGGUGUAUAUUGAGAAUGUCAGUCAUGAGCUUAGUGUGUAAGUAGUACAUCUCACUUGCAGACGUUUGCAUGAUGUCUUGUAGAUCUUGUAUAUCCAACUUUGCUUUUGCUGUGCCAACUCAAAUAUAUUUUGCUGAAAAAAAAUCUCAAAAUUGAUUGACAUCAGUUUUGUUUUUAUCACUUAGUUUUAUAUAGUAUUGCUGGGACCAAAAACUUUUAAAAUACAUAGAACAGAAGUUUGAAGCUGGAAAGAUAGUGUUUAUCGAAGACUUGUGUGCUUUUGCUCUUUAAACUCUUCAGGCUACUGGUAAGGCAGUUUCUAGGGCACUCUUUUUUCUCUGUUUCUUGACUAGUGUAGCAUGUCAUAUGUUUAAAUACUUCAUUCUCUGCUUCAUAAUUCUAAUGAGACACUGUACUGUAGGUAGACAAGUAAACUAAACAUAUAUUUUAGUUGCUUGGCCUAAUCAAACAUAGAUAAAGGGACUUUUUUGUACUUUCCUCAAAUUAAGCUUAAAUUAAAAGGGUGUGUUGGCCACAUUUCCUGUCUUUUGAAAGUCUACAGAAUUGUGAAGUAGGUUCCCUGCCUCCAUUAGCAAAAUAGGGUAUUUCUAGGUUGCCAUUUAACUGUAGAAUAUUUGAGAAACGCUUUGGUCUCUCCUUUAAUUAUCAAACAUUUUGGCACAGUCCAUCACUCCAGUUUGUUGCUUUCUUGAGAAUAGUCCAUUUUUGUUGUUAUAAUGCCUACAUUAUAACGUGCUCUGGUCAUUGGAAACCAAACAGCUCAUAGUUGAGUGACAUAAUACAAUAACAAUAACAUAAUAUAGUAGCCAUCUCGCUUCAAGGAAUUUAAUUAGAUAGCCAAAUAACUGCUCUUUGUUGAUUACCUUCGUAGGGCUUUUGUCUUACUCUCUGAGCAUCACUACGAAUGUCUGACACUGAAGCACAUACAGUAGAGCACUUGUUCACUUAAUCCUCCUGCAUAAUGCACUUGUGAAAAAUUAAGCUUGCUAGAUGUUUGAAGACUAUGGUCCAUGUGCUAGGGCUCACUGAGUUAUUUGUAAAAUACAUAUUUAGUUCAAGCUGAUACACAGUGACUUUUGGGGGCUAUCAGUAUCCAAGCCCUUACUCUACUCAAAGUAUAAUCUUGGCUAUCUCCCUUUAAGUCAGAGGAGAUGUAGAAUUUAGGACGCUUUUGAGACAUCACAUUGUAAAAUAGCCUGUUUUAUGUUCCUAAAACUAUCUUGUUCUGUGUUGAAGCUAUCAGUUGUCUCAAUGUAAGUUUUAAAUAAACAUAUUUCUUUAGA